GACCAGUUAGGGUUUAUACGAAAUGUAUAGGGUUUAAGCAGGAAAUGCGGUGAUCGGUGAUGGGGCGCUGGCGCUUGGGGCGCGUCGCGUCCAAGCUCUGGAGCUGGAGAUCGUCCUCGCCGCUUUAUUCUCAGACUUUUGCCUCGAGCAGUAUCGCGGAGGAGGGGCCGCAAUGGAAGACGACGCCGCUGGCGGGGUCCAAGCUCUCGAGAGCUUGGAUGGCUACCAAGGCGGGAGGUGGUGGUGGUUCUAAGCGAGCUAUUGAGGACUUCGAGAAGUACGUUCUCGGGAAUGCUGGAGGCGAGGAAGAAGAAACCGAUUUCCAUGACUUUCCCGAGGAGAGUUCCGGGAGCACAGAACAGCAGGCUUCCGCUGAGGAGCGGCCGGAGGAGGAUGACUUCCUCCAGGAACUGACCCGGAUAGAGAAGGGUGCCGAUCGAAAGGAGCGGAGGGACAGCUUGAUGACGCAGCGGGGCUACGACGAAGAGAAUGUGCCGUUCGACGACGAUGUUGAUCCGGAAAACCACGAGUCGAUGCUGGAUCAAGACGACGCGGUCUUUUGGAGCGAGGAGCUCCAGAAGUUUGUGACUCCGAAAGGGCUAUUGAAUCUUCCAGGAAUGGGAAGGGACGACUUUACCAAGCCAUAUCAGCUGAGACCAGACAGGGUCUACUUUCCCGGACAAACUAUCGAGCCGGAGGAUUUUGAUGUUACCAGGAUCGCCUCCAGCGAUCCAACAGAGAUGCCACAACGGCAGAAGAAAGUUAUGAAAAAGAACGAGGUCCUUGCAGCAGCCGACUUCCGGAACAUAAAGUUCCUCUCUCUUUUCCUGUCCGAGACGUCGAGAAUACUUCCGAGAAAAACCACGAGCAUCAGCCUGAAGUCCCAAAGGAGAAUCGCUCGAGAAAUCAAAACAGCUCGAUCGCUGGGACUCUUACCAUACUCGUCCAUGGGAGAUCCACCGUUUCGGUACCUGCGUAACCAGCCAGCGAAAGACGUGGAUCCAGAAGACGCGUUUGAUGAGUUUGAAGAGGAAGGAAGCGGCCCAGGCGGCGGUGGUGCUAGAUUUCGUCGACGGCUGUUCUAAAGCUCGAGUAUCUGUAUCAUAUAGCUUGAGAGAGAGCCCCUUAUAACUUUAGCUCCCAUAAAUGUGGAACUUAUUUCGUU